CUUUGUCUGCUGAGCACAGAGACACUUCAACAGGAUCCUGGCAGAGUGUAUCAGAGCUGAAUAACCCUCAGCAGGAAGAUGAGCUCCACCGAGAUUCGUCCUGUUGUUGUUAUUCUGACGGCAUUAUGUGUGACCGGUUUGGUCGAAGCCGGCCCGGUGCACUCAAUCCCUCGUCAGAGAGCAGCCAGACAACAAGGAGGCGCUGUUCUCUUUUACGCAGCCUUCCAGGGCUCUCUGAGAGACAUCCUGUACAACCCAGUCAUCUUCAACCAGGUGGUGGUGAACCAGGGCUCGGGCUACAACAACGACACGGGAGUGUUCACCGCACCUGUCCCUGGCAUCUACCAGUUUGUGUUUGCUGCCCAGCUGUGCCGCGGAGACCACGACAAUUCCUGGCGCUUCAUGGUCAACGGGGUCCACAGCAUGUCCUGCAUCGCUCAGGUGUCUGGUCUUGACACAACCCUCAACACCUGCUACUACAUGAAGGAGCUGAAGAAAGGCGACCAGGUGUGGGUGAAGCAGGAAGUGGGAAGCUGCGCCUGGGCCAGCACCAUCUCCAACACUAUCACCUUCUCUGGUGUCCUGCUGGCGACUGAGGGUGUGUCCACGCUGGGAGGGAAGUAUAGCUCCUGUCCACUGCCCAGCCUGGGACACAGCAGGGACAUUGUGCCCCCCUCUGCAGGCUGCAGAGUGUCUCUGGACAGUGUGGCCUUCGCUCUGUUGCUCUGCUGCCUCCUCUGGGAUUAAUGAGAGCCAACACACAGACACCUGCUGUGUAUUUUAUAAGCUAUGACUUUAUGCUGUUUGAUUAUUCAAAGGUUCCAGAUCUACUUGAUGUUUUCUUCCUUUUUUAAAGUGUCAAACUUUCCAACUCGGUCUCACUCCGAAGUCGCUGAAUACCUGCGCGUGGUCAAUCCGACCAAAAUUCAACAUCUGUCCAACGCAAGAGUCCAAUGUCUCUCUGACGUCAUACUGACGUGCGUUGCCAGCUGGGGAGUUGAUAAAAAUGUUGAUU